GAAGCGCGCCGUGAAGACCACCGCGGCCAACGCCAUGCAGCACAUCUGUGGGAAGAGGUUGACGGACCAGGCGGCCAUCCUUUUCGUUGCUGUGUCUGGAUGCAGCCAAAACCAGGCCAGGAAGCUGCUGAAGCACAACCACAAAACUACGCAGCGGAUAUAUAGUUCACUGCGCGCCGCCCGCGCCAAGAACGUUUCCAUCUAUGAGAAGGAGAUCAAAUUCGGCAAGCCGGUGAACUGGGCGGACGUCGAGGCGGACGAGGUCGACCUCGCGAAGACCGAAGUCCCGAAUGCUGGCCCGCACGCGGAAAAGCCAAUCCAGUGGGACCAGCGGGGCGGCAUCGCGCAGCGCGGCGCGCCCAAGUCGUUGGUCCUGUUCAAGCCCAAGCCAGAGCGCGCGAAGCGGAGGGCGCCAGGGCCAGGUCCAAUCCGCAAGCGCGAUUGGGCGCCGCUGGCAGAGAAGUGGCUCAAGAACCGCGCGGUGGUCCUGCGCGCGGACGGCGCGAAGUCCUACCGCAUGAAGGUCGACGGCGCGAAGCGCGAUUGGGUUGUGCACGUGAAGAAGAAGAUUCGCGUGAGAGGCAAAUGGGUCUGGCUGAAACCCGCCUACGUGAAGACGCGGCAUCGCAAUGUGCCUGACGAGGACGACCCGAAGAAGACAAAGAAGCUCUGGAUGCGUAGCGGGACGCAGAUCAUCGACGGCAUCUGGGGGCGCCUGCGCACCUUCAUUGGCAAGCAGAAGCAG